GCGUCGCGUUACCGGUGUGUUGGCAGCCGGCGGUUUGUUUCGGUCAGAACGGCUGAGGAAACGGUGCCAGAACCGGGAUGGAGCGGGGAUGAAACACAGCCUUCACGCACCGAGAUUAAACUUCCAAAUCUGACUGUGAAAUACAAGAGCGGGGACCCAAUGCACUCCAUGCGGGUUUCCGUUCGUGGUGUCUCCAUGUUCUCCUCCAUCACCAGCUCCAUCUCCGACCCACGUUUCCGCUUCCGAUGGAGAGCCAUCACGUUUGUGACCCUCCUGGCUCUGGCCAUCCUCACGUACCUGCACCAAUCGUCAUCGAGCUCCGCUGACAGCAAAGUUAGGAGUCAGCGCUCGUGGCGAACCAGCCGAGACGUGUCAGGCGCAGAGUCAGGCGUGAUGAGCGCGGCUGAAUCACUGGACUCGCAUUAUAACGACACGUAUCCGCUCAGUCCACCGGAACACACGGCCGGCGGGAUCCGGUACCGGAUCGGAGUCAUAGCAGACCUGGACACGAACUCACGCAGCCAGAAGGACAACACAUGGUUCAGCUUCCUGAAACGAGGCCACCUGCUGGUGUCCGACAGCGGGGACAGUGUGUCCGUGGAGUGGGAUCCGGAGACGGUGGUUCUGGAGAGUCAUCUGUCGGAGAAGGGCCGCGGGAUGGAGCUGUCCGAGCUGGUGGCGUUUAACGGGCACCUGUUCAGCGUGGAUGACCGUACGGGUGUGGUGUACCGGAUAGAGGGCAACAGAGCCGUGCCUUGGGUCAUCCUGCCAGACGGAGAUGGCUCCGUGUCUAAAGGUUUUAAGGCGGAGUGGUUGGCGGUGAAGGACGAGCGUCUGUAUGUCGGUGGUCUCGGUAAAGAGUGGACGACCAUCACCGGCGAGUUCGUCAAUAAUAACCCAGAGUGGGUGAAGGUGGUCGGUUUUCAUGGUGACGUGGAGCACGAGAACUGGGUACCGCAGUAUAACGCGCUCAAGAAAGCAGCAGAUAUCAAACCACCAGGUUAUCUCAUCCACGAGUCGGCCGUGUGGAGCGAGCGUCUCCAGCGCUGGUUCUUCCUCCCUCGCCGAGCGAGCUCUGAACGCUACGAGGAAACGGCGGACGAGCGCCGAGGCACAAACCUGAUCCUGAGCUGCUCGCCGGACUUCAGUGAGAUCUCAGCGUCACGCAUCGGGUCGCUCAAACCCACGCUCGGCUUCUCCUCCUUCAGAUUCAUCCCAGACACAGACGACCAGAUCAUACUGGCGCUCAAAUCAGAGGAGGACGCGGGACAAACCGCCACGUACAUCACGGCCUUCACACUGGACGGACGAAUCCUGCUGCCUGACACCAAGAUCGGAGACGUCAAGUAUGAAGGACUAGAGUUCAUAUAGACAGACUUCAAAACGGCAGGCAUCCGUUACUC